CUUACAAAAAAGCAGAAGUGCAGAAAACAGUAGUCACCAUGACUCGGCAGCCACGGUGACACAGCAGAAAAAAGGAAAAAAGGGAAGUUUGGGAAAACCCAGAAGGGCCUGUUGAAAUGUGUGUGUGUUAACCACAGAAUGUGAACACUGGGUAUUUGCUGUAACACCAUGACUUCUGUGUUGCUGCUGUAUGUGAUAACAAGUUGAUUGCAUGAGUUAGACGGUGUCGAGGGCGUACCGAGCCAGAUAUGUGUGUAGAGGAGAGAGAAUAAAAGCGCGGUACAACAAGCACAGAAUGGGAGAUGUUCGCCGGAGCUGCCAGAGGAGCUGCAAAGGGAACUUGGCCAGAGUUCUGAAGAUUUCUUCGCCGCUUCUAUUGCCCCAGAGACGGGAAGACUACGCGGGACUUCGGCUCCAGAGAUCGCUGAGGACAUCGUUGGAAGCAAAGUCUUUUUCUGACUUUGUUCAACAAGCGAGGACCACACUCUGCCAAACGGAGAGUCCUAAGAGGUUCUGCAGUUAUCCAGAAGAAACCAAUAGAGGGAAGAACCGACAACACCCAGAGAGGCAAAGGAGGCAACAGCACUGGGCUGUUCCCCUCCCCGGGGCUGGGAGAUCCAGUGACCCACCACAGCCUGAACAGACGAGGGUUCUCCAUCACCACCAUCCAACAGAGAAGACAGCUGGGGCGUAAGCACUAACGUUCCAGCCGAUUCCCAAGAUAACUGCCAGACCACGAUUGGCUUACGGGAUUCCUCCGCUCCCCCUGCUGAAGGAAGAAAUCCUUUUGUCCGCAAAGAAGACAUCGUACCAAGUCUACUGGACAACUGAGGACUUUUCCCAGACGCAAGUCAAGACCGAGUGAUACGGUGAUUGACAGGAGGAGGAGAGUCUGACGGAGGAGCAGAGGAACGUUGUCACCCAUUUUGUCUGAGCUCAGCAACGGAGGAAAAAUGGAUUCUUCACAAAACAAACAUGAAAGCAGCAAUGGAGUGAGACAUCAGGAAUCUGCAGAGGAAAACAACGGUUCCCCAACAACAAACAGAGAUGAAUCACUCAGUUGUGAGCAAUGCGGCAAGACUUUUAUCACAGCAACAAAGCUAAGAAUUCACAAAUGUAUUCAUACUGGAGACAGACAGUUCAGAUGUGAUCAGUGUGAGAAGACAUUUACUUUCAAGAGUCAUCUAACAAGACAUCAACUCAUUCACAGUGGAGUCAGACCAUUCAGCUGUGAUCAGUGUGAGAAGACUUUUACUUUGAAGAGUAGUCUAACAAGACAUCAACUCAUUCACAGUGGAGUUAGACCGUUCAGCUGUGAUCAGUGUGAGAAGACAUUUACUACCAAGACUCAUUUAAAAAGCCAUCAACUCAUUCACAGUGGAGUCAGACCAUUCAGCUGUGAUCAAUGUGAGAAGACUUUUACUUUGAAGAGUAGUCUAACAAGCCAUCAACUCAUUCACAGUGGAGUUAGACCAUUCAGCUGUGAUCAGUGUGAGAAGACUUUUACUUUGAAGAGUAGUCUAACAAGCCAUCAACUCAUUCACAGUGGAGUUAGACCAUUCAGCUGUGAUCAGUGUGAGAAGACUUUUACUUCCAAGAGUCAUCUAACAAGCCAUCAGCUCAUUCACAGUGGAGUUAGACCAUUCAGCUGUGAUCAGUGUGAGAAGACAUUUAAGACCAAGUCUCAUCUAACAAAACAUCAACUCAUUCACAGUGGAGUUAGACCAUUCAGCUGUGAUCAGUGUGGGAAGACAUUUAAGACCAAGAGUCUUCUAACAAAACAUCAACUCAUUCACAGUGGGGUGAGACCAUUCAGCUGUGAUCAGUGUGAGAAGACAUUUAAGACCAAGUCUCAUCUAACAAAACAUCAACUCAUUCACAGUGGAGUUAGAGCAUUCAACUGUGAUCAGUGUGUGAAAACCGUUAUUCGACAUGAACAGUCACUGAUCCAUCAAUGCCCCCAUUCUGGUAGACAGCUGUACCACUGUGACUACUGUGAAAAAACAUUCAAGCGCCAAGAGAGCCUAAAAUAUCACCAACGCAUCCACAGUGGACAUGAUGUGUGGAUGUGUGAUCACUGUGGCAAACUAUUUGGAAGUUUCUCAAAUUUAAAAGCUCAUACAGUUACCCACACCAGGGUUAAACCGUACCGCUGUGACCAGAAGGGGAAAGGCUUCAACAACACUGGAGUCGCUCAGCAACGUGACCACACUGGGGACAGACCCUACAGAUGUGACGAGUGUAUUAAGACUUUUAGAACUUUGGGUUCCCUAGAACAACACCAGCUGAUCCACACCAGAAAGAAAGCAUUCAAUCAACGCCACAGUAAGAAACAUGAAAGCAGCAAUGGAGUGAGACAUCAGGAAUCUGCAGAGGAAAACAACGGUUCCCCAACAACAAACAGAGAUGAAUCACUCAGUUGUGAGCAAUGCGGCAAGACUUUUAUCACAGCAACAAAGCUAAGAAUUCACAAAUGUAUUCAUACUGUAGGCAAACUGUUCAGCUGUGAUCAGUGUAAGAAGACAUUUACUGUCAAGAGUAGUCUAACAAGACAUCAACUCAUUCACAGUGGAGUUAGAGCAUUCAGUUGUGAUCAGUGUGAGAAGAGUUUUACUCAGAUGUCCGGCCUAAGACUCCAUCAACUCAUUCACAGUCAGGUUAGACCAUUCCGCUGUGAUCAGUGUGGGAAGACAUUUAAGACCAAGGCUCGUUUAACAACCCAUCAACUCAUUCACAGUGGAGUUAGACCAUUCAGUUGUGAUCAGUGUGGGAAGAGUUUUACUUUCAAGGGUAAUCUAACAACCCAUCAACUCAUUCACAGUGGAGUUAGACCAUUCAGCUGUGAUCAGUGUGGGAAGAGUUUUACUCAGAUGUCCAGCCUAAGACUCCAUCAACUCAUUCACAGUCGAGUUAGACCAUUCAGCUGUGAUCAGUGUGGGAAGACUUUUACUUUCAAGGGUAAUCUAACAAGCCAUCAACUCAUUCACAGUGGAGUUAGAGCAUUCAGCUGUGAUCAGUGUGGGAAGGCUUUUCCUCGGAUGGAUGCCCUAAGACGCCAUCAACUCAUUCACAGUGGAGUUAGAGCAUUCAGCUGUGAUCAGUGUGGGAAGACUUUUACUACCAAGAGUAAUUUAACAGCACACCAAGUCGUCCACAGCGGAGGUGAACCAUUCAACUGUGAUCAGUGUGUGAAAACCGUUACUCGACAUGAACAGUCAUUGAUCCAUCAAUGCCCCCAUUCUGGUAGACAGCUGUACCACUGUGACUACUGUGAAAAAACUUUCAAGCGCCAAGAGAGCCUAAAAUAUCACCAACGCAUCCACACUGGACAUGAUGUGUGGAUGUGUGAUCACUGUGGCAAACUAUUUGGAAGUUUCUCAAAUUUAAAAGCUCAUACAGUUACCCACACCAGGGUUAAACCGUACCGCCGUGACCAGAAGGGGAAAGGCUUCAACAACACUGGAGUCGCUCACCAACGUGACCACACUGGGGACAGACCCUACAGAUGUGACAAGUGUAUUAAGACUUUUAGAACUUUGAGUUCCCUAGAACAACACCAGCUGAUCCACACCAGAAAGAAAGCAUUCAGUCAACGCCACAGUAAGAAACAUGAAAGCAGCAAUGGAGUGAGACAUCAGGAAUCUGCAGAGGAAAACAACGGUUCCCCAAAGACAAACAGAGAUGAAUCACUCAGUUGUGAGCAAUGCGGCAAGACUUUUAUCACAGCAACAAAGCUAAGAAUUCACAAAUGUAUUCAUACUGGAGACAGACAGUUCAGCUGUGAUCAGUGUGAGAAGACAUUUAAGACCAAGAGUCAUCUAACAAGCCAUCAACUCAUUCACAGUGGAGUUAGAGCAUUCAGUUGUGAUCAGUGUGAGAAGAGUUUUAUUUUCAAGAGUAAUCUAACAAGACAUCAACUCAUUCACAGUGGAGUUAGAGCAUUCAGCUGUGAUCAGUGUGAGAAGACAUUUAUUUCCAAGGCUCAUUUAACAAGCCAUCAACUCAUUCACAGUGGAGUUAGACCAUUCAGCUGUGAUCAGUGUGGGAAGAGUUUUAGUCGGAUGAGAGCCCUAAAAAGCCAUAAACUCAUUCACAGUGGAGUUGGAGCAUUCAGCUGUGAUCAGUGUGGGAAGAGUUUUACUCGGAUGUCCAGCCUAAGAAUCCAUCAACUUAUUCACAGUGGAGUUAGACCAUUCAGCUGUGAUCAGUGUGGGGAGAGUUUUACUCAGAUGUCCAGCCUAAGAGUCCAUCAACUCAUUCACAGUGGGCUUAGACCAUUCAGCUGUGAUCAAUGUGGGAAGACUUUUACUUCCAAGAGUCAUCUAACAAGCCAUCAACUCAUUCACAGUGGGAUUAGAGCAUUCAGCUGUGAUCAGUGUGGGAAGACUUUUAUUUCCAAGAGUCUUCUAACAAAACAUCAACUCACUCACAGUGGAGUUAGACCAUUCAGCUGUGAUCAGUGUGAGAAGACAUUUAAGACCAAGUCUCAACUAACAAAACAUCAACUCAUUCACAGUGGAGUUAGACCAUUCAGCUGUGAUCAGUGUGAGAAGACUUUCACUUUCAAGAGUAGUCUAACAAGACAUCAACUCAUUCACAGUGGAGUUAGAGCAUUCAGCUGUGAUCAGUGUGGGAAGACAUUUAUUACCAAGACUCAUUUAGCAAGCCAUCAACUCAUUCACAGUGGAGUUAGACCAUUCAGCUGUGAUCAGUGUGGGAAGACUUUUACUUUCAAGGGUACCCUAAGAAGCCAUCAACUCAUUCACAGUGGAGUGAGAGCAUUCAGCUGUGAUCAGUGUGGGAAGACUUUUACUUUCAAGGGUGCCCUAAGAAGCCAUCAACUCAUUCACAGUGGAGUGAGAGCAUUCAGCUGUGAUCAGUGUGAGAAGAGUUUUACUCAGAUGUCCAGCCUAAGACUCCAUCAACUCAUUCACAGUGGGCUUAGACCAUUCAGCUGUGAUCAGUGUGGGAAGAGUUUUACUACCAAGACAAAUUUAACAGCACACCAAGUCAUCCACAGCGGAGGUGAACCAUUCAACUGUGAUCAGUGUGGGAAGGCUUUCACUACCAAGAGGAGUCUAACAAGCCAUCAACUAAUUCACAGUGGAGUUAGAGCAUUCAGCUGUUAUCAGUGUGGGAAGACAUUUAUUACCAAGGCUCAUUUAGCAAGCCAUCAACUCAUUCACAGUGGAGUUAGACCAUUCAGCUGUGAUCAAUGUGGGAAGGCUUUUACUACCAAGAGUAAUUUAACAGCACACCAAGUCGUCCACAGCGGCGGUGAACCAUUCAACUGUGAUCAGUGUGUGAAAACCGUUACUGAACAUGAACAGUUAUUGAUCCAUCAAUGCCCCCAUUCUGGUAGACAGCUGUACCACUGUGACUACUGUGAAAAAACUUUCAAGCGCCAAGAGAACCUAAAAUAUCACCAACGCAUCCACACUGGACAUGACGUGUGGAUAUGUGAUCACUGUGGCAAACUAUUUGGAAGGUUCUCAGAUUUAAAAGCUCAUACAGUUACCCACACCAGGGUUAAACCGUACCGCCGUGACCAGAAGGGGAAAGGCUUCAACAACACUGGAGUCGCUCACCAACGUGACCACGCUGGGGACAGACCCUACAGAUGUGACGAGUGUAUUAAGACUUUUAGAACUUUGGGUUCCCUAAAACAACACCAGCUGAUCCACACCAGAAAGAAAGCAUUCAGUCAACGCCACAGUAAGGAGAGCAGCACAGAUGUGCACACUGACCACAAACUGAACGCCUGCCAAGAAGAUUGCCCUAUGCCGGGUUCAGUCCAAGUUCCUGAAGUCGUCCACAAACUUAAAGUCCUUGAGAUCAGGCUCCACAGAAUUCAGAAACAUGAAAGCAGCAAUGGAGUGAGACAUCAGGAAUCUGCAGAGGAAAACAACGGUUCCCCAACAACAAACAGAGAUGAAUCACUCAGUUGUGAGCAAUGCGGCAAGACUUUUAUCACAGCAACAAAGCUAAGAAUUCACAAACGCAUUCAUACUGUAGGCAAACUGUUCAGCUGUGAUCAGUGUGAGAAGACAUUUACUGUCAAGAGUAGUCUAACAAGACAUCAACUCAUUCACAGUGGAGUUAGACCAUUCCGCUGUGAUAAGUGUGAGAAGACAUUUAAGCUCAAGACUCAUUUAACAAGCCAUCAACUCAUUCACAGUGGAGUUAGACCAUUCAGCUGUGAUAAGUGUGAGAAGACAUUUAAGACCAAGGCUCGUUUAACAACUCAUCAACUCAUUCACAGUGGAGUUAGACCAUUCCACUGUGAUAAGUGUGAGAAGACAUUUAAGACCAAGGCUCGUUUAACAAACCAUCAACUCAUUCACAGUGGCGUUAGACCAUUCAGCUGUGAUCAGUGUGGGAAGAGUUUUACUCAGAUGUCCAGCCUAAGAAUCCAUCAACUCAUUCACAGUGGGGUUAGACCAUUCAGCUGUGAUCAGUGUGAGAAGAGUUUUACUCAGAUGUCCAGCCUAAGAAUCCAUCAACUCAUUCACAGUGGGGUUAGACCAUUCCGCUGUGAUAAGUGUGAGAAGACAUUUAAGACCAAGGCUCAAUUAACAAGCCAUCAACUAAUUCACAGUGGAGUUGGACCAUUCAGCUGUGAUCAGUGUGGGAAGAGUUUUACUUUGAAGAGUAGUCUAACAAAACAUCAACUCAUUCACAGUGGAGUUAGAGCAUUCAGCUGUGAUCAGUGUGAGAAGACUUUUACUACCAAAGGUCAUUUAACAGGCCAUCAACUCAUUCACAGUGGAGUUAGAGCAUUCAGCUGUGAUCAAUGUGGGAAGAGUUUUACUUUCAAGAGGAAUUUAAUAGUACACCAAGUCGUCCACAGCGGAGGUGAACCAUUCAACUGUGAUCAGAGUGUGAAAACCGUUACUCGACAUGAACAGUCAUUGAUCCAUCAAUGCCCCCAUUCUGGUAGACAGCUGUACCACUGUGACUACUGUGAAAAAACUUUCAAGCGCCAAGAGAGCCUAAAAUAUCACCAACGCAUCCACACUGGACAUGACGUGUGCAUAUGUGAUCACUGUGGCAAACUAUUUGGAAGGUUCUCAGAUUUAAAAGCUCAUACAGUUACCCACACCAGGGUUAAACCGUUCCGCUGUGACCAGAAGGGGAAAGGCUUCAACAACACUGGAGUCGCUCACCAACGUGACCACGCUGGGGACAGACCCUACAGAUGUGACGAGUGUAUUAAGACUUUUAGAACUUUGGGUUCCCUAAAACAACACCAGCUGAUCCACACCAGAAAGAAAGCAUUCAGUCAACAUCACAGUAAGGAGAGCAGCACAGAUGUGCACACUGACCACAAACUGAACGCCUGCCAAGAAGAUUGCCCUAUGCCGGGUUCAGUCCAAGUUCCUGAAGUCGUCCACAAACUUAAAGUCCUUGAGAUCAGGCUCCACAGAAUUCAGAAACAUGAAAGCAGCAAUGGAGUGAGACAUCAGGAAUCUGCAGAGGAAAACAACGGUUCCCCAACAACAAACAGAGAUGAAUCACUCAGUUGUGAGCAAUGCGGCAAGACUUUUAUCACAGCAACAAAGCUAAGAAUUCACAAACGUAUUCAUACUGCAGACAAACUGUUCAGCUGUGAUCAGUGUAAGAAGACAUUUACUUUCAAGAGUAGUCUAACAAGACAUCAACUCAUUCACAGUGGAGUUAGAGCAUUCAGCUGUGAUCAGUGUGAGAAGACAUUUAAGCUCAAGACUCAUUUAACAAGCCAUCAACUCAUUCACAGUGGAGUUAGACCAUUCAGCUGUGAUAAGUGUGAGAAGAGUUUUACUCAGAUGUCCAGCCUAAGAAUCCAUCAACUCAUUCACAGUGGAGUUAGAGCAUUCAGCUGUGAUCAGUGUGAGAAGACAUUUAAGCUCAAGACUCAUUUAACAAGCCAUCAACUCAUUCACAGUGGAGUUGGACCAUUCAGCUGUGAUCAGUGUGGGAAGACAUUUACUUGCAAGAGUAGUCUAACAAACCAUCAACUCAUUCACAGUGGGGUUAGACCAUUCAGCUGUGAUCAGUGUGAGAAGACAUUUAAGACCAAGGCUCAAUUAACAAGCCAUCAACUAAUUCACAGUGGAGUUGGACCAUUCAGCUGUGAUAAGUGUGGGAAGACAUUUACUUGCAAGAGUAGUGUAACAAGACAUCAACUUAUUCACAGUGGAGUUAGAGCAUUCAGCUGUGAUCAGUGUGAGAAGACAUUUAAGCUCAAGACUCAUUUAACAAGCCAUCAACUCAUUCACAGUGGAGUUAGACCAUUCAGCUGUGAUAAGUGUGAGAAGACAUUUAAGACCAAGGCUCGUUUAACAAACCAUCAACUCAUUCACAGUGGAGUUGGACCAUUCCACUGUGAUCAGUGUGAGAAGACAUUUAAGACCAAGGCUCGUUUAACAAACCAUCAACUCAUUCACAGUGGAGUUAGACCAUUCCGCUGUGAUAAGUGUGAGAAGACAUUUAAGACCAAGGCUCGUUUAACAAACCAUCAACUCAUUCACAGUGGGGUUAGACCAUUCAGCUGUGAUCAGUGUGGGAAGACUUUUACUCAGAUGUCCAGCCUAAGAAUCCAUCAACUCAUUCACAGUGGGGUUAGACCAUUCAGCUGUGAUCAGUGUGAGAAGAGUUUUACUCAGAUGUCCAGCCUAAGAAUCCAUCAACUCAUUCACAGUGGGGUUAGACCAUUCCGGUGUGAUAAGUGUGAGAAGACAUUUAAGACCAAGGCUCAAUUAACAAGCCAUCAACUAAUUCACAGUGGAGUUGGACCAUUCAGCUGUGAUCAGUGUGGGAAGACAUUUACAACCAAGAGUAGUCUAACAAAACAUCAACUCAUUCACAGUGGAGUUAGAGCAUUCAGCUGUGAUCAGUGUGAGAAGACUUUUACUACCAAAGGUCAUUUAACAGGCCAUCAACUUAUUCACAGUGGAGUUAGACCAUUCAGCUGUGAUCAAUGUGGGAAGAGUUUUACUUUCAAGAGGAAUUUAAUAGUACACCAAGUCAUCCACAGUGGAGGUGAACCAUUCCACUGUGAUCAGAGUGUGAAAACCGUUACUCAACAUGAACAGUUAUUGAUCCAUCAAUGCCCCCAUUCUGGUAGACAGCUGUACCACUGUGACUACUGUGAAAAAACUUUCAAGCGCCAAGAGAGCCUAAAAUAUCACCAACGCAUUCACACUGGACAUGACGUGUGCAUAUGUGAUCACUGUGGCAAACUAUUUGGAAGGUUCUCAGAUUUAAAAGCUCAUACAGUUACCCACACCAGGGUUAAACCGUACCGCUGUGACCAGAAGGGGAAAGGCUUCAACAACACUGGAGUCGCUCACCAACAUGACCACGCUGGGGACAGACCCUACAGAUGUGACGAGUGUAUUAAGACUUUUAGAACUUUGGGUUCCCUAGAACAACACCAGCUGAUCCACACCAGAAAGAAAGCAUUCAGUCAACAUCACAGUAAGCAGAGCAGCACAGAUAUGCACACUGGCCACAAACUGAAUGCCAGCCAAGAAGAUUGCCCUAUGCCGGGUUCAGUCCAAGUUCCUGAAGUCGUCCACAAACUUAAAGUCCUUGAGAUCAGGCUCCACAGAAUUCAGAAACAUGAAAGCAGCAAUGGAGUGAGACAUCAGAAAUCUGCAGAGGAAAACAACAGUUCCCCAACAACAAACAGAGAUGAAUCACUCAGUUGUGAGCAAUGCGGCAAGACUUUUAUCACAGCAACAAAGCUAAGAAUUCACAAAUGUAUUCAUACUGUAGACAAACUGUUCAGCUGUGAUCAGUGUGAGAAGACUUUCACUUUCAAGAUUAGUCUAACAAGACAUCAACUCAUUCACAGUGGAGUUAGACCAUUCAGCUGUGAUCAGUGUGAGAAGACUUUUACUUUCAAGAUUAGUCUAACAAGACAUCAACUCAUUCACAGUGGAGUUAAACCAUUCAGCUGUGAUCAGUGUGAGAAGACAUUUAAGACCAAGGCUCAUUUAACAAGCCAUCAACUCAUUCACAGUGGAGUUAGACCAUUCAGCUGUGAUCAGUGUGAGAAGACUUUUACUUUGAAGAGUAGUCGAACAAGACAUCAGCUCAUUCAUAGUGAAGUUAGAACAUUCAGCUGUGAUCAGUGUGAGAAGACAUUUACUACAAAGGGUCAUUUAAAAAGCCAUCAACUCAUUCACAGUGGAGUUAGAGCAUUCAGCUGUGAUCAGUGUGGGACGAGUUUUACUCAGAUGACCAGCCUAAGAAGCCAUCAACUCAUUCACAGUGGAGUUAGAGCAUUCAGCUGUGAUCAGUGUGAGAAGACAUUUACUACCAAGGGUCAUUUAACAAGACAUCAACUCAUUCACAGUGAAGUUAGAGCAUUCAGCUGUGAUCAGUGUGGGAAGACAUUUACUACCAAGGCUCAUUUAACAAGCCAUCAACUCAUUCACAGUGGAAUUAGAGCAUUCAGCUGUGAUCAGUGUGGGAAGAGUUUUACUCACUUGGCCAACCUAAGAAUCCAUCAACUCAUUCACAGUGGAGUUAGAGCAUUCAGCUGUGAUCAGUGUGGGAAGACAUUUACUACCAAGGCUCAGUUAACAAGACACCAAGUCGUCCACAGCGGAGGUGAACCAUUCAACUGUGAUCAGAGUGUGAAAACCGUUACUCAACAUGAACAGUCAUUGAUCCAUCAAUGCCCCCAUUCUGGUAGACAGCUGUACCACUGUGACUACUGUGAAAAAACUUUCAAGCGCCAAGAGAGCCUAAAAUAUCACCAACGCAUCCACACUGGACAUGACGUGUGCAUAUGUGAUCACUGUGGCAAACGAUUUGGAAGGUUCUCAGAUUUAAAAGCUCAUACAGUUACCCACACCAGGGUUAAACCGUACCGCCGUGACCAGAAGGGGAAAGGCUUCAACAACACUGGAGUCGCUCACCAACGUGACCACGCUGGGGACAGACCCUACAGAUGUGACGAGUGUAUUAAGACUUUUAGAACUUUGGGUUCCCUAAAACAACACCAGCUGAUCCACACCAGAAAGAAAGCAUUCAGUCAACAUCACAGUAAGGAGAGCAGCACAGAUAUGCACACUGGCCACAAACUGAACGCCUGCCAAGAAGAUUGCCCUAUGCCGGGUUCAGUCCAAGUUCCUGAAGUCGUCCACAAACUUAAAGUCCUUGAGAUCAGGCUCCACAGAAUUCAGCCAAAGCUUCAUGGGAGACAAAGCGAAAGACUCUGUCGAGAAAAGUUCUUAUUAUAUCUGGACUAAAGUUCAGCAGAAGACACGUGGAGACUCUGAAGUCCAGUGAAGAAGGUUCUUUGGUUUGACUUUCUCUUUAUACUUCAGUGCACUGCUGUAGGGAGCAGGCUGAAAAUCGUGGUAUGAACUUACUUUGUUGU